AUGGAUAACGACUCUUGGGCUGUUCAUAAACUGAGCGAGUUUCUCGGCUUUGAUGAUGAAACGCUUAAAACUCAAGUGCUGCCGUACUUAAAGACGUUGAAGACUGCUGACGAAUUCUCAAACCAUUUGAUGGAAAUGCUUGGAUCAGAUCAAGACCGCAUUGCUUUCAUUCAAGAGUAUACUACGCGUCACUUUGCUGGACCCAAGAAACAAGCACUAUCACAGCCAUCAUCAUCACCGCAGCAAAGGCAACGAUCGACACCAACACCACCACCACCACAGCCACAGCCACCGCAGCAGAAGCAACCAAGUACUGGAGUACAGCAUUUCCCAUCACUUCCAGCAACCGAACGACAAGAAACUGAAUGGCCAAGCAACAUCAAUGUUUAUAUGAAAAAGGAGAAUGAAGGGGAUUAUUUCCGUAGUUCUCGCAAAUCACAAGCGAAGCAGAAGACGACGUCUCAAAAUCAAUCUUCAUCCACUGAAUCCACCAACACCACUGAAAAGAAGAAGAAAAAGAAGAAUGAAAUGACCUUGGAAGCUGCAUUGAAAGAGUUGCACAUCAAAGCAUCCACCACAGAGAAGAAUGGUAAAAGACGUGUCUGCCAUUGUCAAGCGACGAAGCAUCCUUUGUUGACAGUGGCACCAAAUUGUCUCAAUUGUGGCAAGAUCAUUUGCACUGCUGAAGGUCCAGGGCCAUGUACGUUUUGUGGCACCCCGGUUUUAUCCAAAGAGCAGCAGGUUGCGUUGAUUGCAGAAGCCAAGCGGAAACGUGCAGAGCAAAAGCAACGUAUGAAUGCUACACAACAACCUCGUAAAGCGCCUAGUGCAGCAACACCAUCAGUCGGCUACGCUUCCAAAGUUAGUGGAGAUAUCGUUCCAAAGAAUGCAUAUCAAGAACCAGUUUGGGAUGAGAAGGUUGAAGAUGAACGACGGAGGCGUGCAGAGGCUCAUAAGGAAAAGCUGCUGGAAUUCCAACGUACGAGUGCAAAGCGUACUACAGUCAUUGAUCAAGCUACGGAUUUCACUCUGCCGUCGGAUCAGCUGAAUCCCUGGUUGUCACCUCAAGAAAGAGCUCUUUUGCUUAAGAAGCAGCAGGCCAAUCUCAAGAAACUUCAGAAUACCGAUUCACAUCGUCGUGUUAUGACUAUCGAUGUUCAAUCCCGUCAAGUCGUUGUCAACGAGGAAAGUGCAAGUUCGGAUGAGGACUCGGAGCCAGAAGAACUACCACAGCCAUCGAAGAUGGAGCGCCCUAAACAAGAUGAUGGUUCAGCAGGGACCUAUGCACACAAUCCCUUGCUUAAAGGUGUUCAUGCUCCCAAGUUUAUUGGUAAACAAUCAACAAUCAAAGGAGGAAAAGCUAGAAGGAGAAAGGAACGGGUGCAAUUCGAUGAUAUGCUUGAUGAUUACGAAUAUGCAACUAGUGUAGCUGACGAUCGUGAUAUCCCUGUUGAGCCAAAUUCAUGCAUCAACAAUUAUUAG